ACGUGCCGGAUCGCUACGGCAUCAAGAAGUACUACCCCACGUGGCUGCAGGUGUCUCCCCACUACGUGCCGCGAAUCAAAAUCAAUCCUCUUGACUCCAUCCACAUAGCCGACAUAGCCUAUGGGGGCUACGAUGGCUAUGGUGUCCUGAAGCCAUAUGGGGGAUAUGGAAAGCCUAAAAGCCACGGGCACCACGGCGGACAUUAUGGCUACGGGAAGAAAUGAAUAUACUAACGCGUCUUUCGGUCUAGAGAGGCGGGAGGUGGCCGAGUGGUUGGCCUGGCGCACAGCGGCCACCACCUGCUUCACACAAAUCUUACCUGAUACUUCUUCCGUGUGGGCACCACACCUACACACCCUCUAUGAUCCUUGCCCACCCUUUAUCUCAACUUGGGCGAAUAAAAUAAAAAAAUACACACUUU